UUCCCCAGUAGCGAAUAACGAGCAGCAGUGUGUGAAUGUGGCAACUGAGGUAGACAGGGAGGGGUAGAUAGACUGACCAGACCAGGUUUUUUUUGUCUUUUUCUUUCUCUUUCUUUUCUUACCGAGCCAAGUGUUUCCUCUUUACAUGACGCCACGGUUGUAAAGUAGUUUGUAGACGUGAAAGCCCGGCCGCCGCUGCCUUUUCUUGGGACUAACCGAUAUCGUUGUGAAAACAGCCCAGAAGAAAGAAGGAAAGGGGGAAACAACAUGGGGCGAUUAUAAAAAAAAAGAAGGUGUUGUGUUAUGAACCGACGAUGACUCUCUGGGAGGAUCCGUGAAGCUUAUUUAUUUUUAUUUAUUCUCCCUCUUCCCUUUCCCUCUUGUCCCUUUUUUGGUUUAUUUUUGAUUUUUCUCCUCCCUUGCUACUUUGGGAGGUUGGGUUUUUUUUUCAAGGAAAAGGCUACGGGAUACGUUACAAGAGGACCGAAGGAUGGACCAAGCCGGCAUCCUGAGAAAGUUUAUCCAGGGGGUGAAGGCCAUGAGCGAGGGGGACGAGGAGAGGGGAGAGGACAACUUCGGCAGCGACUUUAUGCGGUUACGGAGGUUAUCGACUAAAUACCGGACGGAGAAGAUCUACCCCACCAACGUAGGAGAGAGGGAAGAGAAUGUCAAGAAGAACAGAUAUAAAGAUAUACUGCCAUUUGAUCACAGUAGGGUGAAGCUGACGUUAAAAACAUCCAAUCAGGACACAGAUUAUGUCAAUGCUAACUUCAUCAAGGGUAUGGAUGGCCCAGAGGCCUAUAUUGCAACUCAGGGCCCACUGCCGAACACUGUCAUCGACUUCUGGAGGAUGAACUGGGAGUACAACGUAGCUGUUAUUGUAAUGGCUUGUCGAGAGUUCGAGAUGGGAAGGAAAAAGUGUGAGCGGUAUUUCCCGCUGCUCGGGGAGGAGCCCUUGAGUUUUGGCCCCUUCAGAAUCUCCUGUGAGGCAGAGCAGGCCAGAACAGACUACUUCAUCAGGACUCUGGUGGUGGAGAAUGAAAAUGAGAAUGAAACUCGGAGGAUAACACAGUUCCAUUAUAUGAACUGGCCGGAUCACGACGUCCCCUCGUCGUUUGACUCCAUACUGGAUAUGAUUGGACUAAUGAGAGAAUACCAAGAGAACGACGAUGUUCCUAUAUGUGUGCACUGCAGUGCAGGCUGUGGGAGGACGGGAGCUAUCUGUGCAAUCGACUACACAUGGAACCUCCUCAAAGCUGGGAAAAUACCAGAAGAUUUUAAUGUUUUUCGGUUGAUCCAAGAGAUGAGGACGCAACGACACUCUGCUGUACAGACAAAGGAGCAGUACGAGUUAGUUCAUAAAGCGAUCGCCCAGCUCUUUGAGAAACAGCUGCAGCUACUGGAGAGCCCCACCAACACGCAGAUACACGAUGGCAUGGUUGAGAGCAGUCCAGAUAAAGCAAGCCACCCGUCAGGUGAGGACAGAUGGGACACACCACCUCCGAAACCUCCCCGCAUUCGCAGUUCCCAGGCAGAAGGUGACGUGAAGGAGGAGAUACUCCAGCCCCCGGAGCCUCACCCCGUACCCCCUAUUCUGACCCCGUCCCCCCCUUCAGCCUUCCCCACCGUCACCAACGUACGGCAGGACAACGACCGCUACCACCCCAAACCUGUCAUACACGUCCUGUCUACCACACAGAAUAAGGACACGGACCAGCAGCAGAACCAGUCAGAACCCAGUCCGAACAAACAGACCAGUCCCUCAGAGCAGAAAGACCAAGAUCUACAAAGUCGAAAACAGCAGACUCAGGUCUCAAAUCUAGACCUCAACGACAACUACAACAACAAAUCAACAUCGACAAAAUCAGAAUCGGGCCAAAGCCAGACUCAGACUCCCUCCUCGCCCCUCUCCCCGGCUGUUGAAUGUUCCGGUGCUCCUCGGAUCGAGAGGAAGCUGAGCAUCGAGAUUAAAAAGGUGCCGUUACAGGAAGGACCUCGUAGUUUUGACACUUCCUCCUCCAUGGGAGUAGCAGGCGGAAUCGGCAGCAGCUCAGCCAGUAGCGCGGCAGGACUGCAAAGAGCCCACGCCUUCAAAGCCCGCUCGGGCCAAUCCCUGCUGACGUCUAGCUCUUCGCUGUCGGAGGACUCGGGCACAGAGGGUGGAGCGGGUGGAUGUGGGGAGAGUCAUGCCGACGGAGGCGUCCUCGCCAGACCAAACCACCUCCCUGUGAAGGGCGAGAAGGGGGAGACACAAGGAGGGGAGAAAGCGGAGGUGAAGGCCGGCCAUGCGGCAUGGUCUCAGGCCUGCAACAGCCCGGAGAAACAGUUCCCCAAAACCUCCUCCUCUUCCUCCUCCUCAGACCGCGUCGCUCCAUCCUCCUCCUCUUCCUCCCACCUCUCCUCCUCCUCUUCCUCCUCCUCGUCUACUCCUGUUAGAACUGCCCUGAGCUUCACCAACCCCCUGCACUCGGAUAACUCGGACGAGGAGGGGGACGGAGAAAUGUCCGGGGGAAAGGAGGGUUAUCGUACUAAUGUAUCCACAGCGACGGCCAUGGUAACCGCAUCCCCUCACCAUGGAGACCAGCAGCCGGUCCGGAAGGUGGUGCCCAUGUCGAUCGCGGGGCAGAGCUCUCCGUCACCCACUGCAAACCCUGUGGAGGUGAAAACGUCAGCCUCAGCUGAAUGGAGUGGCUCAAAUAAAGAUGUGUCAGAGUGUGUUAAGAAGACGUCUCCAGCUGACCCUGCAUCUGCUGGCACCACAGCGACAGACAGCAAGGCAGACCUGGGUGGGGUUCGGUAACCGCUGCAUUCAGCCCAAAGGCCCUCGGGAACCCCCCCUGGAGUGGACGUGAUGGGACGAUCCAUCUGCCCGUCCACCAACAGUGUCCUCCCUCGUCAGGAGAUGGACUCUACCAAUCUCACCUGGCUGGUCCAAAAACCUAGUUGAUAGAUGCUACACAGACAAACAUCACAAUUUUACAUAGAAACACCUUCUGUGUAACUCUGUGCAACACCUCCUCCUACUCCUCCUCCUCCUCCUCAGUCCUUCCUUCAAAGUGCCACUGUGCAAAGCAGAAGAACACUUACUGGUCAAGUGGUUUUGUCCACGUUUUCCUGUUCAGCUUGCUGAUAUUAGAGGUUUUCACUUCUCUAGACGCUGACCUGGGAUCAGUCUGGUUAUUUUCCUGUUGAUGCUUAAAGAAUAAUUCCUGUUUAUUUCCUGUUUCUAGUAACUUGAGAGUAGAUUAAAAAAGCUCUUAUUUCUCUCUCUGGCUUUACACACAUCAUGAGAAUCUGUGUGACUAAAUGAAUAGAGGUGUAUGUGGAGCCCUUAGGUGUUAAACAGAAAUUUUCUUUCAUGCCAAAUGAGAAAAAAGUAUUUUUUUCAUCAUAAAUCAGGAAUUAUCUUUAAUCAGAAAAGCUACUGUGGGAAGCUGAUUCCUAUUCCUGAGGUUUAACUGAACUCCCAGACGGUGUCUGCUUCCUCCUACUGAAUGAACAACAAUCUUCAAAGCGAACCUAGAUAAUCUGUUACCCAUGAUGCAACCUUUUCUGUUGGGUAUGUACAGGUUGCCAGGGUGCUCUUUCUCUCUGUCUCGUCCUCUCUCCCUCUUUCUGUGUGCUGGUGCUACAUUACAAAGGACCAGCAUAGAAACACAAGUACUCCAGCUGACUGUUACCUGUUCCUCGCCUCCGUUGUGGUCUCCUGUAGGAUUUACACCUGUAUUAGCUGCAGUCAUGUCAGCUCCAGUACUUUAUGUGUCUAUGCUGCUGACCUCCCUGUUUACCAGAGUCAUGGAUUGAUAGUUUGGUCAUUGCAGUGGUCAGUAGCAGCCAUAUUGGCUCCAGAGUCCUGCUCUGUGGCUUUUAGAGGGAUAGUUCCACAUUUUUAGUUCCUGCUGUGAGUUAGAUAACAAGUUUUACACCACUCUCGUGUAUGUGGAGCUGAAGCCUGAAGACGCUUAGCUUAGCAUAAAGGCUGGAAACAUGUAAAUUGUGGUUUUAAAAUUUCAGUGUAUGCACAGAGUAAAUAAAUAUGUGGCAUAAAUUAAUUCUCAUUUAUACUCCAGACCAUGUCCUGAGAAUCAGAUUUGGACAUCGUCCGGAGUUUCUCUUUCACAAAUGUAGCAUACAACAAGAAAUGCUCCAUUUGGUUUAGGCAAUGAGGGGCGCCUGGGUAGAGCGUGCAGGAGGUAGGACAUGACGCAGAUUACACCGCAUUCAAGUACACAGUUUGUAAUUUGGUCAUAAACAACAGAUUCUCUUUCUGUUCCUUGAAUUUGUCUGACGACUUCAGCUUUGACCCUUACCAACACAAGUCCCUAAAUCUCAUCACCUCUCCAGGUAGACAUUUUUGUUACCAUCUUCGUAUAAAUUACCCUUCAUGUUAACCUUUGGAUGUUUGUUUUCUUCCGAUUUUGUGCAAUCUGCAUGAUGGAAACAUCAUCAAUGCUCCCACUGUGAAUUCUCCGGACACUUGCCAGCUUCACAAAUAGGCUCAGUCGGACAUUAACACAGACUCUACACAAGGGAGCUGGCAGUUUAAAGUCCGUUUAAUGUCUGAUCCAACUGAUUCGGACAUUUCCUUUCUCACAUACAGCUCCUCCAGGUAAUGUCUAGAUCAGUGGUUCCCAACUGGUCUGGCCACGGGGUCCACAUGUCUCCUUAGUCAUUCGUUCUAGGUCCACAUAGGAUAUAUAUUCAGGGUCAUACUAAUGUUUGGCCAUAUUGUCGAGCUAGUUUGCCGUCUCUGUCCAGUUAGUCACUCACUCUCCAGGAGGACACAGUGUUUCAAUAUACUGUACUUAAAGUGUGUUUUUACAAACUUGUCACAUUCACAAGUCACUUGCGGUCCAGUCAGAAUGGACCCGCAACCCACUUUUGGACUGCGACCCACCAGUUGGGAACCACUGGUCUAGAUAAUUACACGUUUGCAGUACAUGUGUGCUUUUUUAGUGAGUUGCUCAGAUGUGGGUAGGCAGACUUUAGUACCUUUGUACAGAGGCAAGUUUGUUACCCUGUUUCCAGUAUUUAUGCUAAGCUAGGCUAACUAGCUGCAAGCUGUACCUUCAUGUUCAAUAGGUCUUUCGAGAUGUGUUUAUCGCAGAUGUCGACAUUGUGGUGGCAUUAAAAAAAUAUAUUUAUUGUGCAGCUCUACUUUAAACAGAGCUAGGCCAGCUUUUCCCCUUAUCUUCAGUAUUUAUGCUAAGUUAAGCUAAUCAGCUGCUAGCUGUACGUUCAUGUUUCCUGUACAGACACGAGAGUGGUGUCACUCUCCUCUUCUAACUCACAGGAAAAAAGCAAAGAUGCAAAGAAAAUGUUGAAUUGUUCCUUUAGAUAUCUUUUAAUUCAGUGGCAGAGGACAGUAAUCAUUAUGUUGACAUCAUGUGGUGUUAGAAAGCAUAGCUGAAUGCAGAGAAACUGAGAAUAGAGAUUAAGGAGUUCUUAAUGUCUUACAUCUGAUUUACAAAUGUUUAACCAAAGAGUGAUGUUCCCUUCUCCAAUAAUUCACAAUAGAAAACAUCACAAAAGAUUAGUUAGAAAAGUCAGAAAAUAGUUAAAACAUACAACAUUUGAAGCUAAGUUUCCAGGAAGUCUGCUUUUGUCAGUCAUAAUGGGGUUAAAUUGACCUUAAAACACGCCAUUAAUGACCAAACUGAUCAGCUCUGUGACUCUGGCUCUCACUGCUGGGACCAUGAGCCUGCCUUAGUCCGCCUCUCAGAGAAGACAGCCAAUGACAGUCCUCUUUAAUUGCUCUCUUCAGUUCACUUCUCCGUCUAUCGGUGUAUUUCUGCUUCUCUUGGUCGUUAUCGGGACUCAAUUUUACUGUUUACUUCUUUUUAUUUUCCUCAGCACUGUCUUGUUUUUGUCUUUCUGUUAUUGUACCUUUUGCUUUUUCUGUUGACAGUCUCCAUUUCCUGUUGGAUGAACAACCAUGCAAGUCAUUUUACUCAGUGUUUCGGAGUAGGAAUGUUAGACAUCACCUGAAACUCUUAUGGGACUUGACAGAUUGAGAAAUAGUCUGGCUUCCCGUAACAACCACAGAUGAGACUUGUAUGGUUUUUCAUGCGACGACCAAAUUUAAAAGAAAUCAUACUGUACCUGCCUCUGUAUGUGUGAGACAAUGAUGAUAGGGACCCAGGACUACUGUUUUCUCCUUAUUGUUCUCUGCUAACUUCUCCUUCAUUAGCUACCAUAACUAUACAGUAUAUGCAUUGUUUUAUAAAGAUAAAAAACUGUACAGGGCAGUUUAGGUAUAUAAUAUUUCAGAUUUUUGUUUUUGUUAUCUUAAAUAUUCUUAUUAACAGAAGAUGUAAGAAAGUCAGUGCAUGAUGAUGAUGAUGAUGAUGAUGAUUCCUCCCCUACACAGUGUUUCCCUUCAAACUGUAAAUUAUUCUGCUGCCCUUUGUUCUUUUUUUUUUUUUGCUUCUGGCAAAUAUUUCAGGGUUGUUUUUAUUUUUAUGUUCGAGUUAUAUGCUUACAAAGAUUGAGAAAUUCUUGUUUUAAUUGGUUGGCAGAGGAAAAGCGUCGACUGCCAGCCGGCCCCCUUUCAGAUAGCUACAACGGGCUUCGAAUAAGAUUGUAAUAAUAAUAUUAAUGACAAUGAUAAUAAUAAUAAUAAUGGUCGUUUUUUGUAAAUGGUAUUUUAAAAGUUAUUUUUGUAUACGCGGUUGUUUGUUGCGUCACAAGUCCACUGCUCAAAUCCCCCCACUCCUCUCUUUGCUUCUCACAUACUCUCCUUUCACCUGCGUCUUUUUAUUUUUUACUUUUUUUUUUUUUUUUUUUUUAACACGUUUUGAUUUCUUCCUUUCUGUCUCUCCGCUCUUUUAAUGUAGAACAUGCAACAGAGAUGAAUCUCCUGCUCUGGACAAGGAGCAUCUCAUUAUUUUUCGCUUCCUUAGUACUUCCCCUGCUGUUUUCUCUCUUUCAUCCCCCUCGCCUCCCACCCUGUCUCUGCCUUUUUAAUUUUUAAAAGGCUGCCGAUUUCAACAUGUCUGUGUGCCAGCACUUUAAAGGGGACCUAUUAUGCUCAUAUUCGGGUUCAUACUUGUAUGUUGGGUUUCUGCCAGAACAUGUUUACAUGCUUUAAUGUUCAAAAAUCACUUAAUUUUCGUCACACUGUCUGUGCUGGAACACCUUUGUUCACCCUCUGUCUGAAACACUCCGUUUUAGCGCCAGUAUCUUUAAGCCAAGGCUGCUCUGAUUUGUAUUUCUGUUCUGUAUUUCGGUGUCUCUGCGCCUUCAUUGCAGCUGGGGAAUGACUGUAACAGAGAAUAGCAGCACUUCCUGCCGUGAAAAAUCACAGAUAAAAGCAUGUAAACACAACCAGACAUGUUCCAGCGGGAAUAUGACCUUGACCACCAAGAUUACAUGUUUCCCUGAUGUUAGCAUGUGGCUACAUAGCAGCGUAUCAGCAGCAGCGUAUUUGCAAUCGGGAAAUGACGGUGUACAGUCGCACUUUCACCCAUUAAAAUCAACGAAAAAAAGCUUCUACACACACAGCUGGACAUGUUCCAGCUGGAAUAUGAUCUCAAAUCGGGAAGAAUUUAAUAACAUCAGCAACUAAGAUUACAAGUUUUUCUGGUGUUAGCAUGUUGCUACACAUAGCAGUGUAUUUGCAGUCGGGAAAUUACAGUGUAUGUUCGCACUCUUUACUGUUGAAAUCAACAGUUCAAAACACAACUGGAAGUGUUCCAACAGAAAUAUGAUCUAUCAUUGGGAAGAAAUUAACGACAUCCACAACCUAGAUUACAAGUUUCCCUGUCGUUAGCAUGUGGCUACAUGUAGCAACGCAUUUGCAGUGGGGAAAUAAGUGUGUUUAGUUGCAUUUUCUCACAUUAAAUUCAUCAUUAAAAGAUUAUAAACUCAUUUUCCAGCAGGUUUGCCUGACAUUAGCAUGCAGCUACAUGUAGCAGUGUAGGCUACAUCAUGUAGAUACCUGCAUUAGCAAGCUUGAAGCAGAUGACCGUAUAAUAAAAUCCAUCACGAGUGGACGUAGCUCGUCUUGAAAGUAGAAAAAAUCGUUAACAGUAUUCAGAACAGUCUUAAAGCUGAGGUUUUUGCCCACAGUGAUUACUUUAGCGUACGUUUACCUCUUUAUUUAAAACAUUUAAUACAAACAUUGACAUUGUAACUAUAUUUAUGACAGAAGAUGAGGAAAAACAUAACGGGUCCCCUUUAAGUGAUCCAUCUCUAAAUUGUUGGCGGUUGAAAGUAACAAAAUCCGACGUAAACUGACGAUUAGACAUGCUGGGAAAAACUGUCUUUUAAUCGUUAUCAUUUGUUUCUCCAAUAUUCCAUUUCUUUCUUUCUGUUUUAUUUACGUGACCCCUUCACAUGCAC